AUGCUUCCAGCCAGCCAUCCAGCUAUGCUUCCAGCCAGCUUUCCGGCUACGCAUCCCGUCAGCCAUCCAACGACGUCUCCGGCUACGCCUCCCACCAGCCAUCCAGCUAUGCUUCCAGCCAGCAAUCCCGCUAUGUUUCCACCUGGACAUCCGGCUACCUACAGCUAUCAACCUCAUCCGGUAUUUAGCCACCCACCCUUCAUGCAGCAAGUUCCGCCGACGUUUCAUACCGCAGCCACGACCCUGGGCCCAGCCACGACUGCGUCUACCUUUCCAUCACCCUUUGCGCCUCAGCAACACCCGGCAAGUCCUAGCCGAACUACGGAUAGCUGGAUAACGGACCCGAACUGGAACACGACGCAGAACCACCCAUCAUCUUGGCUAGCGUCCAAGCUCCCACGGAUCAACCUCGCACCCUACGACGGAGACCCUCGGAAUUGGUCCUAUUUUAUUCAGAACUUCAAAUGCCUGGUCCAUGACGUAGUGCCGGACGAUGCACAAAGAAUCAUCUUCCUUAAAGAUUACCUCAGCGAAAAGGUACGCAACAGCAUUGCGAAUUCGUUGCGCGAUCCAGCACAAUAUAGGUCGGCUCUGGCGAAACUACAGAGACGGUACGGGGACCCUCAACUGGUGGUCCGAGCCCAUGUACAAAGUUUAAUACAACUCGUCGGACCGAAGGAAGGCGAUUUCGAGGCCCUCUGCGUCUUCUCUGGCGCAAUCCAAGCCUCGGUCGCGGAUUUGACCAACGGGGGUCACUUACAUGAUCUCCUCGCCCCAGGCCUACUUUACCAAGUAACUUCAAAGCUCCCACCGGCCCUGAUGCAGAAGUGGGGUGACGAAAUGUGCAGCCUUCAACCAAGAGCCGCCACGCUUAUCGACUUCGACCAGUGGCUCGAAUCGCGAGUUAUGGCUGGGACCUGGGCCGCUCCAGUGCUACCACCGAUCCCCACCGUCAGCCGGACACGAGAAAGAGCGCAGAGAGGAAAGGAAGAGCCCAAAAUGCCGGCCGUCCGUCACCCGCGGAUCCUUCACAUGUCUCACCGCGCGCCUUGCGUAGCAUGCUCCGGACCACACCAGCUGGAAAAAUGCAAUAAAUUCUCUAAACUGAUGCCUAAAGCCAGAGCUGAGCUCCUUUUAGAAAAAGGGGGUUGCUUCAGGUGCCUUCAUCCUGGACACAACAGUAAAGCCUGUGAAAAAAAGGUGGCUUGUGGCCAAGACAAUUGUAAAUCUUACCAUCACCCGAUGGUACACGGAGCUCCACGGAUGUUUGCUCCGCCGAAAAUUUCUCAGUCCGACACGCCUAAAACAGAACCUGCGGCCCCAGCAGCGCCAUCAAUCUUAAAAAAGGGCAAGAACUUUUGCAUUACUAGCAAGAAAACUUCACUGGAUCAAGUUUUAUUAGCCGUCGUACUUCUCAAGAUCGAAGCAAAUGGUUAUUCCUUCGAGACCUACGGCCUCCUCGAUCCCGGAGCUGAAAUGACCCUGGUGACCAAAGAUGUCCUGCGUAUGCUGAAAUUGAAUCCACCUCGCGAAAAAAUGCAGAUGGGCACCCUCCACGGUGACGGACCGUUGUUAUCGGUCCAAAGAGCGGACCUGCACAUUUCCUCGCUCGACGAUUCCUUCUCUUUCAGCGCCUACGAGGUUCCAGCGCUAACGACAUUCAACCUCCAUCCUGGAUAUGUCGAUUGGCCAAAGGAAAAGAAGAAGUACCCACACUUGGCUGACUUAGAUCUACCGCCCGUAGAUUUCUCGAAGAUAACGAUCCUUCUAGGCUCCGACUAUCAAGAAGCGCUCGAACCUUUACAAAUUCGGAAAUCGACCAGCGAAUCUCCCGGGCCAUGGGCGAUCAAGACUGUAUUCGGGUGGUGCGCUCGCGGCCCCCUUUAUAAAGCUACCGGUCAACAUUCACCACCCUCCAUCAAUCUCACCCAGAAUUUAAAAAAAUCCAAUCUAAACGAGAUGGUCCACCAGUUAUGGUCAAUCGAAUCCUUUGGUACACAUCCGGAUGUGAAGGCGCCAAUCAGUGGAGACAACGCCAGAGCUCUAAAGCUGCUCGAAGAAAAUGUGCGCUACUUAGGUGAACGCUAUGAAGCGCCGCUCUUAUGGAAGCUGGAUCAACCCAACCUCCCUAACAACUAUUCGGUGGCAUUAUCACGGUUCCACACAAUGGAUAGGAGUUUGAAAAAAUGUCCCGUGAAAGCCAAGUCUUACGAAGCCACCAUCAACGACUACAUCACGCAAGGGCAUGCCAUAAAAUUGCAAGGAAAUGAACUGGAAGGCCCGAUAGGCCUAACAUGGUACCUCCCGCAUCACGCAGUUUUUCAUCCGGACAAACCCGGAAAAUGUCGCGUAGUUUUCGACGGUGCCUCUACAUUUCGCGGAAUUUCUCUCAAUAACUGUCUGUUAACUGGCCCAGAUCUUUUGACGAGCUUAAUUGGAGUGUUGUUACGUUUGAGAGAAAGACCGAUAGCCCUUUCCGGGGACAUCAAGGGAAUGUUCCACCAAGUCCGCGUCCGUCCUGCCGACAAGCACGCUUUACGCUUCCUCUGGAGAACCCCCGACACCGCUGGACCUCCGGACGUGUAUGAAAUGCAAGUUCAAAUUUUUGGUGCCGCGUCUUCGCCCACAGUUUGCUCUUAUGUCCUGCGCCGAGCUGCCGCCGAUAACGAAGAGGAGUUCCCGGGUUUAGUCGAAAAGGUAGAAACCAACUGCUACAUGGACAACUACAUGGAUUCUUUUAAUACCGUAGAGGAAGCCAUAGAAUUUAGAAGCAAGUUCCAAGAAGGUUUGAAGAAAGGCGGCUUCCACUGGACACAAUGGAUGUCUACGUCACGGAAAGUGCUUCAAUCUGUCCCUAAAGAUCUCAGGUCUGAACCAAAAUUGAACUUAAAUCUAGACGCGCUUCCGGCCGAGAAAACGCUAGGUGUCACACUCAAUUGGCAAGAAGACGUUUUCGUUUUUAAAGUGAAAAUUCAAACCGGCUCCGACACCUACAGGACCAUCUUGAGUGAUGUUUGCGGACUGUAUGAUCCCCUCGGGUUUUGGACACCAGUCACUCUCACUGCCAGAAUUUUACUUCAAGAUAUCUGCCGGAUCAAACCAGAAUGGGACGAGAUCUUACCACAACCAUUGCUUGAACGUUGGAAAAUUUGGGUCUCCAAUCUGCAUCAUCUGGAAUUCGUAGCCGUGCCCAGGUGUCUUCAACCUUUUCCCCCAACGUCCGUCCAACUUCAUAUCUUCGUGGAUGCCAGUGAAUUGGGUUACGGCGCAGUGGCGUAUUUGUUACUGCAGAAUAGGAAAACCAGCACGACCGUUUUCGUAAUGUCAAAAAGUAGAGUCGCCCCAAUCCACCAUCUUACAAUCCCUCGUUUGGAACUAUCAGCCGCCCUACUUGGCGCCCGCCUAGCCCGAACUAUCAAGAACGAGCUUCGGUUGAAGAUAGACGGCGAAAUAUUUUGGUCGGACUCGUCUACUGUAUUGCGCUGGAUUAACUCAACGCAUUGUCGGUACCACACCUGGGUGGCAAACCGAGUCGGGGAAAUUCUUACCCUCACGAUUCCUCAACAAUGGCGACAUGUGCCGGGUAUUUUAAACCCCGCUGACGACUGCAGCCGUGGUGUUGAGGCCUCCGCUUUGACGGAAAAUUAUAGAUGGUGGACUGGCCCGGAUUUCCUUCUUCAGCCCCGGGCAAACUGGCCAGCAAUGCCAGAACAUUUCGUCCAGCCAGUCGAUGACCCUGAGAUCAACCUUUCAAAAUGGGCCGGGAAUGUCUCCGUUCCCACCCCUCAUCCGCUUCUACCCAUCUUGCAGAGGAGUUCCAGUAUGUGCCGACUAAGGAGGAUCAUCGCCUGGGUGUUGCGUUUCAUCCACAACAAAUUUAGGCCUGCCGCCGAGAGAAGAUCCAAGCCGUACCCAAUAAUUCUCGAGCUACGAGAAGCCGAAAUGAUCCUUGUCCGCCUCGCCCAGCUUGAAGAGUACAGAACCGAAUACAGAAGGCUCAGCGAAGGAAAGGAAUUGGGUCCAGGGUCUAAAAUUGUCACGUUAACGCCGUUCUUCGACGCGGGAGAAAAAUUAAUCCGCGUAGGCGGCCGUUUGGGCUACAGCAACUUCCCGUUGGCCAUUAAGCACCCGUUUUUAUUGCCGGCGGACCAUCUUGUAACGAAGCUGAUCGUAACUAGGGAGCAUCUUCUUCUCAGACAUGCGACGGUUGAGAGAACGGUCGCCGGACUACACAAAAGGUAUUGGAUUCCGCGGAGCAGAUCAUCAGUCAACCGCAUUAUCAAGAAUUGUUUUGAUUGCAAGCGUCACCGCGCCCAACCAGACAUUCCACUCAUGAGCGCUCUCCCAAUUCAUCGUCUUCAAGAUGACCGACCCGCUUUCUCGAAUACCGGAAUUGAUUACUUCGGACCGAUCUUGACGACUGUUGGUCGGAGAAGAGAGAAGAGAUGGGGAAUAAUAUUUACAUGUUUGGUGAGCAGAGCGGUACACUUCGAGAUGGCGUACUACCUGGACACCUCCUCGUUCCUGCUGGCCUUUUGGAGGUUUGCGCGCCGAAGAAUCCGGCCGGACGUGAUGUACUCUGACAACGGAACAAACCUCACAUCCGGUGAAAAGGAGUUGAAAGCUGGAUUAGACCGUCUUAACCAAACCGCCAUCGCGAACGAGUUGGGUGCUCAGAACAUCGAAUGGAUAUUUUCACCGCCUUCGGCCCCUCAUUUCGGCGGCGCGUGGGAGAGCCUAAUCAAGUCAGCCAAAGACUCGCUGUCUUUCGUUCUUCAAGAUCAUGCAUUCCCUGAUGAAGUCCUUCUCUCCGCCUUGAUCGAAGUAGAAUCAAUCAUGAACGACCGCCCGAUCGGCCGUUGUUCAACGGACCCAAACGACUUCUCAGUCCUCACCCCGAAUCACCUUCUGUUAGCUCGCGCUAACCCCAGCCUCCCAGCAGACGUGGUGUACGAGUCAAGUCCAAAUUCCAGACAGCGAUGGCGAAACGCGCAAAUCAUUGCCGACCACUUCUGGCGAAGGUGGACUGCGGAAGUGUUGCCCUCCCUCUUAAAAAGGAAGAAGUGGUAUGUCGAUCGUCGCCAUAUUCAAGUUGGAGAUUUGGUCCUCAUCGUCGAUCAAAACGUUACAAGGGGGAGGUGGCCUGUCAGUUACGUUGAUGAAGUCUACCCAGGAAAGGAUGGGAUUCCUCGUUCAGCUCUAGUACGGAACAAGGAUGGAGUCUAUCAUCGCCCCGUCUCCAAGCUGUGCGUCGUAGAAGAGAACAACUUAUUAAUUUCCGACGACAGCGGAAAUGAUGCCGGCGAUGUUCCCGCCAGCACAGCAUUAAAUGGAUAA